GUCAGUAGCACUGGCCACUGGCACACUAUAAUACUGAUUGCUCCGCUAACCAGGACAGGGAUUUACUUUAUUCAACCUUUCAUUUCAGCCGUCCUUUAUUUUAUUGAACUAAAACAAUGGCAGACACACAAGUGGACUCCGGCUCGGAUAUCUCUGCUAAGGACCUGAAAGAGAAGAAGCUGGUGGAGGAGAAGGAGAACGGCAAAGAUGCUGCCACCAACGGAAAGGAGAACGAGGAAAACGGCGAGCCCGAGGUAGAUGAUGAAGAUGACGAGGAAGUGGAUGAGGAGGACGAGGAAGAUGAUGGAGAAGGUGACGAGGAAGACGAGGAGGACGACGAGGAUGAGAUUGAGGGCGGCACAAAACGGGCGGCUGAAGAUGACGACGACGACGAAGAGGACGACGUCGAAACCAAGAAGCAGAAAACCGACGAUGACGAUUGAUGCGUUUUCCCCCCUCGCGCCAUCCUGCUGAACCACUUCCUGAUUCUUCCACCUAUGACUGUUUUUUUUUUUUUUCUAUGUCACAGGUGGAGGGGCGGGAGGACUGAUUUUAAAGGAGAAAAAAAUAAUAAUAAUAAAUAAAAAAAUGUAAAAAAAAUCCAACAUGGUCAUUAGCAAGUAGAGUUCAACAAACAUCUACCACGUCCACCCCCCCACCCCCACCCCAACCCGCAAAACUGCAAAACAAAAUUUUCUAGAGGAACCUGCCACCGCAUCGACGCAGAAAUCCGGCUUCACAACAACAACAACACGAAAGGAGAAUUUGUUUGUAUUUUUAUUUACAUUUUAUAUUUUUGUACAUAUUGUUAGGAGCAGGGGGAGGGGGGGCCAGCUCCCCUCCUCGGCAGCGAUCUCGUCAGACCAAAUCGGUGCUUCUUCAACGAAAUAUUUUACUUGGUUGACCAUGUUACGAUAUCUCAACAGAUACUAGGAAGAAAAAAAACAACCUGUAAAAAACAGUUUUAAAAAAAACCUGAACGAAAACCUCUUAAGCCGUUGAACUCAGAGCAUUCCAGUAAAUUUAAUGUAUGUACUUUAGCUGUACCAUAACUAGUUUGUUUGUAUGGGAGGGUAAGGCCAAAGAAAAGAGCCUCUUUUCUUUUUCCUUUUUAUUUUGUUUUUUGUCAGCGACUUAUUUUGUUUUAUGGCGGCCUGUUUUGAUGUAUGUGCGAAGUUUGUUGUUUGACAAUAAACCGGACUUUUAUUUUGUGAGUUGUA